UAUCGGCAUAUCCCCUUCUUCCAAGAACACUCCACGCAAAUUGCAACAUUGACGGUGUAUGUACACAUGUACCUGACUGUAAAACCAGCUCAAAUGCAAUUCCACAAACGUCCAAACUCUCUCUCACAUCAAUCAAUCAAUCCACAAACAUUUCGCUGCAUCUUUCACUCACGAAUCACUAUCGACAGUAGUCCGUACUCAAAAUCAUUCACAUUAUAAUAAUAUUCUACUCGAUCACCGCUUUCGUUUUCAUGGCUGUUCCAAGAUCGAAACCUUUUUUUCCUCUGGAACACCGUCAUUCAUGGUGGAACACGGCGGAAUGUGGUGGUGGAACUUUGAGAGGGUUUGGUGUAAGUAAGAUCGGAGCUAAGUUGGUGAUGAAUUGUAAAGUUAAUGAAGAGUGUAGAAGGUGUCGUGAUUGUUGUACGGACGACGGUGGUCGGAAGAAGGAUGAGUUUGUGGAGAUGAUGAGGGAAGCUUGGCCGUAUUUUGAGGCUCACGGCGGACGAACGUUUGUAGUUGUGCUGUGUGCUGAAAUAAUCGAGAGCAAUAAUUUGGGGGGCAUUCUUGAGGAUAUCUCUCUUCUUCAUGGCCUAGGAAUAAAGUUUGUUCUUGUCCCAGGGACACACGAACUGAUCGACAAGCUGUUAGCUGAGAAGGGAUGCAAGCCCAAGUAUGUUGGAAAAUGGAGAAUUACCGACCCUAAUUCUCUUAAAGCCUCAAUCGAUUCAGCCGGAAGAAUUAGUCAAAUAAUCGAGUCAAAGCUCUCUCCCACACCCUCAUUAAACAUCACAGACAACACUUGCUGGCAUCACAAUCUUACUGUUGCUACCGGUAAUUUUCUUGCAGCCAAGAAAAAAGGAGUGGUUGAAGGCAUUGAUUAUGAAGCCACGGGUGAAGUAAAGAAAAUAGAUGUUUCACGUAUCCAUGAAACACUGGAUAACGACUCAAUUGUGAUCUUAAACAACAUUGGAUAUUCGAGCUCUGGGGAAUUACUAAAUUGCAACACAUAUGAAGUUGCUACAGCUUGUGCUAUGGCAAUUGGAGCUGAAAAGCUUAUUUGCAUUAUAAAUGGGCCCAUAUUGGAUGAAAUGAGCCGUGUUAUUAGGUUUUUAAGUGUUGAAGAUGCGGAUAGGUUGAUCAAGCAAAGUGAAAUAGCUGAUAAUUACGUAAAUGCCAUUGCUGAGAAAGACCAUUCCAAUUCCGAUUCCAAUCCCACGUUCCGGAAUGGAAUUGGAUUUGACUUUGACCAUGGGAAUGGUUUUGCUAUUGGUGAUCAAGAAAGAUCAAAUGGUUAUCUCUCAGAGUUAGCUGCUGCAGCUUUUGUGUGUAGAGGAGGUGUGAAGAGAGUGCAUCUACUAGAUGGGAACAUUUGUGGAGUGCUAUUGAAGGAAUUAUUUCAAAGCAAUGGAGUUGGAACAAUGGUAGCUAAGAAAGAAGAAAAAAGAUAAAAUCUUUUUAUAACAAAAUUUAAGUUUUAUAUGAAACAAUUGCUAGCAGAAUUCAUGUUGAAAACAAUGUGUAAACUAGCAUAUAACUAUCUUAUGUAAUCAUGUAAAUAAAUCAAAUGUUCUUAAUCAGAUUCCAUGAGCAUAAA